ACAUGCUAUAUAAUAAACCAAGUUUCUUCUCAUUAAUGCAUACUAACUAGUGUAAAAACAAGCCAGUUUCUUGAUCUGCAGAAGUUAUUAAAAAAGUUGUACAUUGUAAGCUAAAGAUCAUCUCCAUGUUGAGUCAGUUCAGGAAGAAGCUCUCUCAUCUGUGCUCGAGGAUACGAUGGUUGAUAUGGAGAAGGCCUAAAUCUAAAGUUGUGAUCAGAAGAUUUGGGAAGUUGAGUUCUAAAGGGCAGCUUAGGAGGAAACCAAGCAAUUUAGCUGUACGUCGAAAAAAUGACCUUAUGGGAGGUGCAUUGCUGCAAAAAUCUGUCCGUGUUGCCACGUUUAAUGCAGCGUUGUUCUCUCUUGCACUUGCUGUCCCGAGAGCUGAGAAGGCGGUUGUUUUUCUCAAUGAAGAUGACCUGUUUACGACGAUGGAGAAGUCUGCAAAUAAUGUUCCUAAAAGUAUACUGAAGCAGUCACCAUUGCACUCUUCUUUUAGUGGCACUGCCAGUCCUGAGUAUCUGUUGAGUCCAAUAAAACCAAAGAUGAAGGUUUCCAUUAAUCUUCCGGAUAAUGAGAUAUCUCUGGCUCAGAAAAAGGUUCUUGGCAAAAUAGACGAGCCCUCGAGGCCUAUUAGGCAAGGGAGUGUUAGAAACCAAGGUCCAAUGAGGUCUCCGGUUAAUAUACCAUUUGGUAUGACUAAUUGGAUGAAUGAUGGAAGUCUGAUCGGAAGUAGAACUAUUCUUGAUGUUCUUAAAGAAGUGGAUGCUGAUAUCCUGGCUUUACAAGACGUGAAGGCCGAGGAAGAGAAAAACAUGAAGCCUCUUUCUGAUUUGGCUUAUGCAUUAGGAAUGAAUUAUGUCUUUGCAGAAAGCUGGGCUCCAGAGUAUGGGAAUGCCAUCUUGUCAAAAUGGCCAAUCAAGCGUUGGAAAGUACAGAGAAUUUACGACGAUCAAGAUUUCAGGAACGUGUUGAAGGCCACAAUUGAUGUCCCAUGGACAGGAGAUAUCAACUUCUACUGCACUCAACUUGAUCAUCUUGAUGAGAGUUGGAGACUGAAACAGAUUAACGCGAUCAUUCAAUCAAGUGAUCAUCCGCACAUCCUAGCAGGAGGUCUGAAUUCUCUCAAUAUAUCAGAUUAUUCACCAGAGAGAUGGGCAGACAUUGUCAGGUACUAUCAGGCUAUAGGAAAGCCUACACCGAAAGUUGAAGUAACAAACUUCUUAAAGGGGGAAGAGUACAUAGACGCGAAAGAUUUUUCAGGGGACUGUGAGCCCGUUGUCAUGAUUGCCAAAGGCCAAAAUGUGCAGGGUACGUGCAAGUAUGGAACACGAGUAGAUUACAUUAUGGCGUCGCAAGACCUGCAUUAUAAAUUUGUUCCUGAAACCUAUUCUGUGAUUUCAUCAAAAGGCACCUCUGAUCACCAUCUGGUGAAGGUUGAUAUAGUGAAAGCAGCAGACAGACGACCGAAGAAGCUGACACAGAAGGUUGCAAGAAUAGCCAGUUCUUGUUCGUCUAGUGGAAUGUGGAAAAUAGACUAGAGUUAAUCCUUCAACAAUUAAAUAAGAUGCUAUCAUACUUUAUUUUUAUUUAGAUGAAAAUUUGAUAUCUGCU